AUGAAAGAAAUAAAUGACAAGGGUUACACGGUCGAAUACACCAUCAAAAUCGAGGACAAUGGCAUCUGCCUCAGAGUCCACUGCAAUGGAAGGGCAUUUGACAUAGAGUAUGGGCCACAAGACCUUUACAAUCCAGCCAAUAAAACAAAUCCACGAGCCUUGGAACAAGAAUACCUCGAUGCCCUUCAUCACAUAUUCGGUGACGACGAUGAUGAACCUGGGCAAGGUAUGGAUGUCGAUGAUGCAACCGACCUAUCGGAUCCACAAGAUCAGCUCAGUAGCCCCGACUCUUCGGCCAUGAGCGAAUGUGGUUACGAAGAAAGCCCCGUGGUCGCUUUCACCAUGGCACCGUUCCUCUCACACGGGACUUUGGAAACCUUCGCGUCGAAGUCCUCGACACCAUGUCUCAACACCUUACAUGACGUCCUUCAUCCUCCACUUUUCACAUUCAGUCUGCGUGUGGUGGAGGGAACUCUGGUCCCAGUCAAUCAGUCUCCAGAGAAAAUGGAAUACGUGAAACCAUACGACGCUGAUGUAUGGAAAGCUCGUCACUGGCGUGACUACCCCAGGGUAAAAUCAAGGGACAUAGCCAUGGCACGAAACGUUUCUCUUUUGCCAAAUACGAAUCUGGUCAUGUUCAACAACCGAAUAUGCUGGUUCAAGCCAGUGAUAGGGGGCAUUGAUGAUGCUCCAUACAGGCGAGAAAUCGACAUGCUAUUUCGACUGCGACGGAAGUUCAAGAACCUAGACAAGCCACUACGCUUUCCGCAGCUGGAAGCGACUGUGAUUGGUGAAAGGCGUGAGGAUAUGAUCAAUGGCCUUAUUCUCUCCGCCGUCUAUCCAAAUCGUGGGACCAUAGCGGAUCAAGUCGAAGGGCGACGAGGGCCAUCACCUUCCCCUAGUCUGUGCGAGCGAUGGUACCGCGAAGUCGAGGCCAUGGUACAUAUCCUACACAGUGAAGGUUUCAUCUGGGGCGACGUCUCCCCAAACAACAUGAUCAUCGACGAGGAUGAAAAUGUCUGGAUCGCCGACUUUGGUGGCGGAUACACCUGUGGUUGGAUUGAGCCAGAGGACAUGGAGACCAUGAAGGGCGAUCUGGAGGGACUCAAGGUGCUCAAGGAAUACCUUUUGGAUGUGGGGCCGUUGGAAGAUGCCUCAUGAGCUAAAGCCGCGAGCACCGGUAAUGUCGAGUCUGUGACUUAUCGGCAUACACACACCAAA